CGCCCCCCGUCCCGUCCCGUCCGCCUCCGGUGCCGCGCCCCACCCCCACCGCCCUUCUCGACCACGACCAUGUCGGUGGUCGACGUGGACGACGACGACGAGGGCUUCCUCCAAGCCCUCGACGCGGCGGAGGCCGCCGCGCUUGACUCCUCCAAGCGCCGCCGCCUCUCCACCACCUCCUCACCGACGCCCGCCACUCCCCCCGCCGCCUCUGAGGGGUCCUACCUGUCUGCGCUCAAGGGAAGCCACAGCUCGGUCUGGCAGCAGCAGCAGCAAGCGCUGACCUACGCGCACAAGCGGCCCGACGGCUCCAAAACCCUAGCCGCGGGUACCGGGGGGACCCAGGUAGCGAGCGGAUCGUGCUUCAAGUGCGGAGACCCCGGCCACUGGGCCAGGGAAUGUCCCCAAUGGGUUCCGACUACUGGGGGAGGGGGUGUAAUCGGCUGUGGCGCCGGCGGAGGGUAUGUGAAUGCGGGUGGGGAGGUGGAGGAGAAGGCGUGCCCCUGCGGCGCCGGGAGCUGCCUCGUGCUUACUUCCAACACGCCCAGGAACCCCGGGCGGAAGUUCUACAAGUGCCCAAUACGGGACAAUGGGGGUUGCAACUUCUUUGAGUGGUGUGAUGCUCCAUCUCCCGGCCCUGCAAAUGCUCGAAGUAAUCCUGUUUUUCAGUCAGAGACAUCAGCAACAGAUAUGCUUUGCCCAUGUGGUGCUGGAGCUUGCUUAGUUCUGACCACGAAGACAGGGAAAAAUGUUGGGAGGCAGUUCUAUCGCUGCCCAGCAAAUCAGGGUGGCGGCUCUUGUGGCUUUUUCAAGUGGUGUGACGAUCAACAGCCCAGGGUAGGUGCACCACUGCAAGCUUCACCGCAGUACCAAACUGAUGCUAUGUCAUGCAUCCAAAACUCUAGCAAGGGGAGCUCCUCAUCCUGCUUCAAGUGCGGACAGGAGAACCACUGGGCGAGAGACUGCCCGAAUCAAUCAUCGGAUCCUUAUCCUGACAGGGGUGGGAGAACACUUACUUCGGCGAGCUCGCCUGAUGGGUGCUUCAAGUGUGGUAAGACUGGUCACUGGUCCCGUGAUUGCCCAACCUCGAAUAGUGGUGGUGGUACCGGUGCCAGCCGUGCCAAGUCGUCUUCUGCUUUGGGCUUGUGGAAUAGUCAGAGAUACUGAUAGCAAGCUCCUGUGAACUCAAUUGAACUGACAUGGACAUGCUGUACGAAACUUGGACAAAUGCCCUGGACACGUGUUGCUUAGGUAUGUGAUCAUGCCGAUGCCUUUUGCUGCUCUAUAUUAUGUAAGGGAUCAACUGUGGCUGUUAGUCUGUCUUAAUCCUGCUUUCAUUCCGUGUCGAACUCGGGUCUACUGUUUUAUCUACUCUAGGAACUUCCACUUGCCAGUAUAAGAAAGACUCUUGGUAUUCUGUUUGUCGUCA